GGAAAAGCCAGCCGAAAUCCUUGGUUUCCUACAUCGAAACCUCCACAUUAGCUCAAAAUCCAUCAAAGAGCAUGCCUAUAAAAUAUUAGUAAGACCGCAAAUGGAAUACGCCACGUACCAGCAAAACCACAUAGAUAAAAUUGAAAAGGUACAAAGAAGAGCUGCACGAUAUGUAACCAGCAGACAUAGAAAUAGAUCAAGUGUCAGCAACAUGAUAAAUGAAUUAUGAUGGAAAAGCUUACAAACAAGACGAAAAGAAGCACGACUCAUCAUGUGUUACAAAAUAACAAACGACCUUGUAGCCAUAGACAAGAAUAAAUAUCUACAAAAACCAACAAGAAGCUCAAACCGGACAGGACAACAUACUUACCUAUUACAGCCAGCCACCAAAGACUGUAGGAAAUGGUCCUUCUUCAUAAACACCGUCAAGGAUUGGAACAAACUGCCACCAGAUACCGCCACAGCAAAGUCUCUUGAGAUAUUCAAGUCUCAAGUCACCAAAACCACAAACUAAAUCAACAGAACAAUUUGUUUUUAUCCUGUUUUUAACCUGUUUUUAAUCAUGCGCAACUUGCCAGAAUAUUCAUCAUGUUGAAUGUGGGCAGUAUUUGGAAGAAGAAGUAGUCAGUCGAGGACCAGCUUACCACUGGUCAAGUUUGGCAUGACAGAUCAUGCAGAUUGGACAAGAACAAUAUUUUCUGAUAGAAUAUUGCAUUCAGAAGAACAAAUAAGCGGCAAGGACUAAACAAUGACAAUGGUUUGUCGAAACAUUUUUAGUUCAGCAAGAAUUGCUGCAAAGUCUUUGAACUUUUAUACAAGUACCAAAUCUAGGAUUCUUUUGAAUUCAUCACAAUGUCCAAAUAUGAUGUCACUGAAAACAGACAGUUUAAGACAUUACACAUACAGUUUCCAUAGAAGUGUUAUGAGUACAAUUUCUAAGGCAGACAAUGCAUUUGUUUUUUGUCCAUGUCACUGUCACAGAAGAAUGGCAACUAAGGCAAAACAAUCACUGAAGCAGGUGACAGCUUUAACAGUGACGAGACUAAAGAAGAAAAGGGUAAAGGAAGAGAAAGAAAAAGAGGGAUAUAUGAAAGUAUUUGCCUACCCUUUAACAGAACGUGUCAUUGACCUUGAGAAUUUGAAAAGAAUUAUUGGAAGUCAAGCGGUGUAUAAAGUUACACAAGUAAUGGAUGACAUGGAAGAUUUAUUGCAUCUUACAUCAAAAUAUGUUAUAGGAGAAGCUGAUCGUACAAAAGAAGUUUUCAUAUUUAGGGAAGGAUCCAUGGUAUGUUGGAAUGUACCUGAACUGGAGAGACGAGCAAUAUUAACAUUUUUACAGAAGCAUAUUGAUGAACCAUACAGUUUUGACCAGAUUUAUGAAGAAGAGGAGUGGAUGGAGUACUCUUCUUCUAAGAAUUUCUCCUGUUUACAAGGUGAUGUGUUGUUCAUACAAGACUUGGACCAUAUUGAUGUGACAGAAACCAUAAAUCCACAUAAAUAUGCCUUCUCUAAUGCUUUAGCACAGACUGUUAAACUGGCAGUUUGGGAAUCAGCCUUAGAAAGUCUUGUUGACUCUAUAGAACCAAUAAAUAAGGUGCUUAAAUUAGAAAAGAAAGUUCCAUGUAAAAGAAGAGAAAUUUUGAAAAUGCAUGGAGAAAUAUUUGAAUUAAGAUUUCAGAUGAACUUAAACUCAGAGUUGUUAAAUACACCAGACUUUUACUGGGAGAAGCACCAUGCAUUAGAAACAUUGUAUAAACAUUUAUAUAACCAUUUAGAUAUAGGUAGGAGAACUAAGGUAAUGAAUGAAAAAUUGAAUUAUUGUGAACAAGUGAUAGAAGUUGUUGAUAAAAACGCAGCUGAUAGCAGGACAGAGAGAUUGGAAAGGAUUAUCAUUCUUCUUAUUAUGAUAGAGGUUAUGUUUGAAUUACUGUACUUCUAUGAAAGAAAAUCAUCCAAAAAAAAUGAUGAUUCACACAUAGAUGGCCCAUCAAGACAAAGUAAUGAUUCACAAAUAGAUGGUCCAUCAUGACAAAGCAAUAAUUCACACAUAGAUGGUCCUCCUUGACUGGAAACUGAUCACUUAGAAUAUGGAUCAAGUCAGUGAUAAUGGAAUGAAACUUUCACAUAAAAAACCAAAUAUUGUGAUGACAAAAACAAUGAACUUCUAAAGAUGUUAUGUCUCUAUGUUACCAAAGUAAUUAAUAUGUAAGAAGUAUAUGUAUACUAUAUAUAAGAAAUGAUUAUAAAUCAAUAUUUAUCGGUAAUCCAGAGAGUGUGCGUAUGUGACCUGCAAUAAUGUAACUUGCUAUGAGAACUUACAGCUGCUUCAGUAAUUACAAGAAAUUUACUAUUAAUAAAAUACAGAUUCUAUA